AUGCGCUUUUGGCCGGUGGCCUCCUCGGACACACUCUCGCCCAUGUUCGCGGCUCACUGCUGGCGAUCUGCGACGCUCGCCUGGAUUAAUGACCUCGUGAUCGGCGAGAAGCUGUGUCCAUGGGCGCCGCUGGCCCUCGCUUCGCCCAGCUUCCGCCUGAUCAACGUCCCAGCCCUGGAGGACCUCGAAGCCACUGCAGUCAGCGAAGCAGAACGGCUCGCAAAGACGGCAUCGGAUCACGCGACGACGCUGCUCGUCGUCGGCGGUAGCGGCUGUGGUGUGUCAGAUUUCGCCGCGGCUUGCAACGCCGCGGCCGUCUCAAUGUCUGCGCUGGACAUGGACAUUUUAGCCUUCCACCCCGACCGCGUCGACACUGGCCCGGGCUGCCAUCCGGACCCGGAUGACGCGGCGCACUACUCUGUGCGAUCGCCUCACCCGACGCUUCAGCUCCUCCGCAAGGAGAGCGUGCGCGGCGCGCGCGCCGAGUGGAACCGCGCGCGCGACUCGAAGCUGCCAGGCGCGCUCGAGCUGCUGCACGACAACAAGCGACACCUGCGGACCAUUGGCCCUCAGCGACUGCGGACGAUGCUCCGAGCGUGGCGUGCGCCUUCGACGCGAAUGAGCGGCGGCGGCGGCGGCGGCGGCGGCGGCGGCGGCGGCAGCAGGAGUCGGAGCAUGCAGUCGGGAUGGCCGCUGCUGCACGCCAUUGCUGAGGCGGGCGUGUGGGCAGGCGAGAUGCACUACGCGUCUGGAGCCGCCCUCUCGCCGGCGCCGUUUGUGCUGCGCGGCACCACCUCGAUCCGCAUCGACGACGGCUGCAUCGUCCUCUCUGAGGUGAACCGCACCAGCGGCGAGGUCGUGCUGGCGUCGAGUAUGGUGCUGGCGCACGCAGAUCGCAGCGGGCACCGCACGACGCUUCUGACGACGUCGCACGAGCUCCGCCGCGCCGCCGGCACGGGCCUCGUCGAGGUUGGCGGCGUCCAGAUGUGGCGGAUGGCGCCGCUGAGCGAGACGCAGGAUGAGGAGGAGUUUAUGACGUCGGGAUCCAUGCUGUGA